CUAGCUCAACCGCCAAGCGCUCCUAAUCAGCAACAUCACGAGCGGGGCCCAAGCCUGACGCACGAUCGCCCACCGAGCCAACAUGGGAGACACGACCGUGCCUCAAGUCAAUCCCAUGACAGGCAGCCCAGCCAGCAACCGCAGGACAUCUCUCAGGUCACCGAUCGCCCCUCCUCAUCUGCUUCCAUUCGCUCCCAUCACUCCCAUCAUAACCUUGAUUCUGGCUUGAUGCCCCCACCAUCCUCUCGACCCGGUACUUCUUAACAUGCCGCUCAGUGCCAACAUCAAUCCUAACAUGAACGUCAGCAGUAACAUCAACCCUCACAUGAACCAGGCCUCGAAUAUCAACCCUGUGAUGAACCCAAUUCAGGCCCAGCAGAACAUGAACUCCGUCAUGCACAUGAACAUGGCACCGUCGAAUAUUAAUCCCGUGAUGAACCAGGUUCAGAAUAUGAAUAUGAAUCCGCAUCUGAAUCACCCUCCGACGAGAGCGGAUUCUGCGCAUGGACUUGCUGCGUCGCCAAAGCAAUCACCGAGGAUGUCGGGGAUGAUGAAUCUUGCUGGUGGCCCUCCUGGAGGCAUGCCCGGUAGCAUGGGCGGCCAGAUCAACCUUGGAAUGACAGGCAUGCCAAGCGGUGGAAUGGGAAUGCAUGGUGCCCCCAUGAGUGGCGCCCCUGGUGGUGGCAUGAACAUGAGUAUGGGCGGCAAUAUGAACACCGCCAUGGGAACAAUGGGCAAUGCUGGUGUAGGUAGCAUGGGGAAUGUACCCAGUAUGGGCGGCAUGGGUAAUCUUGGCUCAGUGAACAUGAAUGCCAACACUAUCGGCGGUUUAGGAGCCGGUGGCAGCAUGCUAGGCGGAGCGGGGGGAGGUCUUAUGGGCCCCCCUGUGAUUCCUCAAUCCAUUCAGCGACCAGAAAGAGACCAGAUCAUGCAGAGAGAACGCUCGAGCUCGCUCCAUGCACGUGAACAGAGUAUACCUCCGGCGUCUGCUGCACCGUUUAUGGGUCAGAGUCUUGAUAAUGCCAGCGUCCAGGGAUUGGGAAAUAUGGCUGGUGGCAUGGGUGGCAUGCCUCGGCAACAAUCCCAACCGCCAAUCAACACGCAUCAGCAAUCCCCUGCCCGUCAAAUCCCCUCCGGCCACCGUUCCCCCAUACCUCUUGUUCGCAAGGCCGGAGAGAUACCCGCCACACCGGCGAUUUCCGGCACCCCAAACCCCGCCGCACCACAUCCAGGCGCAGCUGCGGUCCCGAAACUCCCCCCUCAUCUUGCAGGGCUCAAUCCCGCCGUAACCAAGAUCUCGUUAAUCCCUUACACUGUACAUUCGAAACCCGAAACAACCACCGAUGGCGAAGACGAGAAGGUGCCUGUCGAAGGUGCGACUGAUUCCGAAGACGCCGCUACUUCCUCGCAGGUCAAAGUCGAAGAUCCAGUAAAAUUGCUGACCCCAUCGGAGAUCACCAUGUUGAAGGAAAUCAUGAAACGCGAUACAGCAUACGAUGCACUACACCGUACCAAACAAGCACGUAUGGCCCAGGAAUUGCGCACGCAUGGUCCUGCGUCGCGAAGUGCCUGGUGGGAACGUGAUCACGUUCCGACCAUGGGCAUGAACCGUAGGCCCGAACGUUUCGAUGUGAGAUAUCCAAGAGCACCCAAUGCGGACCGGGGCUCGAAUAUCAAUUCGAGGAAGAAGGGUGUGAGGAGAGAAGGCAUUCGGAUCCCUAGGAAACUUCCACCUCAGCUGGCCAACCGCCCUGAGCAACUCGUGCCGAUCAGACUUGAGUUCGAUGUGGAGCAUCAUAAGAUGCGCGAAACCUUUGUAUGGAAUCUCAAUGAUCCUGUCAUCACUCCCGAGCAUUUUGCGCAGACGCUCGUCGAGGAUUAUGCGCUACCCCAGAAUUAUCACGGUGUCAUCACGAGAGCAAUUCAAGAGCAGUUGAGCGACUUCAAGGCUCAUAUUGCCCGUGUUGACGGCGACUGGAAACCUCCAUCCUCAGCGAGGGAGAUGGCGCUGACGGACGGCUAUAAGGCAGACGAAGAAGACGGGAAUGACGCAGACAUGCGGGAGACGGACGCUGAAGACAUUGCCGACGACUAUAAUCGCAAGCUUCUUGAAGAUGAUGACCUGACCAUGGUGGACCGGGGUGGUCUUGACGACGAGGACAUGAAAUGGUGGGAAUCAUGGCGCAAACGAUCACGGCAAGAAAGCGCAUUUACUCGCAGCAUAUCCUUGAGGAAUCAACGUAAGCGUCGUAAGGUGGCCUCAGUCACGGUCGAGGAAAGCGACGCAUUCGAGACUGACAAGGAAAUACCACACAUUGUGGAUGAGAUCGAGAUCGAUGAGAAGACGGUGCAUGAAGAUUUAAGGAUCUUAAUCAAGCUCGACAUUAUCGUCGGAUCUAUGAAGCUGGAUGAUCAGUUUGAAUGGGAUCUUGAGAAUGUAGAUGCUUCCCCUGAGCAAUUCGCGGACGUAUAUGUGAAAGAGUUGGGCCUUGGUGGGGAAUUCAAAACGGCCAUCGCACAUUGCAUACGCGAACAAGUUCAAAUUUAUCAAAAAUCGCUGUUUCUCGUUGGUCACCCCUCAGAUGGUUCUACUGUCCAAGACGAUGACCUGCGCAUGUCCUUCCUGCCCAGCCUUGCAUCCGGCGCUAGGGCAAUGGAUCAAGUAUCAUCGUUUACACCUUUGCUCAACUAUCUCAGCGACGGCGAGAUUGAACGUAGUGAGAAGGAGAGGGAGAAAGAGCUCACCAAGCGCAGGAAACGGAAUACUCGAGGACGUCGAGGUAUUGCCUUGCCAGAUCGGGAGCCUAAUCGCACGUACCGCACACCUGCCUUGGGUUUCCCAGAGCUGGAUGCUGCAACCCUUGCGUUGGCCGCUGCGAACGCGCCAACUUCGAGACGUGCUGCGGCCGCCGCCGCUUCUCUCACGAUCGCCAACAUGGUUGCCUCAGAAAAUGGCACAAGCAUCAUGCCGCUGCAGCUGCCUCCCCAGCAGAUCACAUCCACUGCUGUCACUACUGGAAAAGAGAAGAAACCGAAAGGGUUGUUCAAAGCGCCAUCGUAUCCUCCUUCUGUCCUUCGGCCUCGUGCUCAGGUCACUGCUCCCACACCAUCGACAGCGGUUGAAUCGACGUCGAUGUUGCCUCCAUCGUUCCUUGAUACUGAAGCACCUGCCUCCUCAGUUAGUAUCCCUGCCCCCGAUUCGCGAGCUGUCGCAAAGAAAGCCAAGGAGCUCGAAAGGGAGGCUAAGGAAAAAGAGUUCGUCGACGGACAGCAUGCUAAUGUGAUCAAUGGGGUGUGGCACUGCUCUAACUGCGGCUGUCCGGAUAGCGUUGCUAUCGGACGAAGAAAGGGUCCUUUGGGCGACAAAUCGCAAUGUGGCACAUGCGGCAAAUUCUGGCAUCGACACCGCAGACCACGUCCUGUAACAUAUAACCAAGAUCCUGAGUACCAUUUGAGCCUCAGGCGCGAAACAGAACAGGUCAAAACCGGGGUGAAACGAAAAGGACGAGCGCCGAAUUCUCAGGUGGCUGCUGAUGGCCAAGAUACGCCUAGCCGACAGAAAUUAGACGUUUUCGUCGAUAUCUCUACUCGAUUACCUGUACCAGCUUCCGAAGACGACAGAGCCAUGUCGCCAGUAUCGACUGCGUCUAGUGAUACAGAAGCUCCUCUUGCCCAGCGCGUCACAAAAGUCAACGGUGCCAAUCACGCAGGAGUUGCGUCGUCAUCUGGGACCCCUCCUCCAACAAGCAACGGGAUUGUACGUCCCAAGUCACCUAGGGAAAGUAGUGCUCCGCUUCCAAAUGGCUCAUACGUGAGCGUUUUCCCUCUGAGACCAGGAUCUUAUUGAUGCUGAAUGUUAAGUGAACAGGCCCCUCCGCCAUGGCUAACCACGGCAAUUCGUUCGCUUCAAGAACAAUACCCAGAUGACAAGUUCGAAGCAAUCCUACGUCGAGCUCCCCCGCGUACUGUAUUAGAGUGGAGGAUGAAAUGUCUGGAUUGCCCCGGCAAGUUAUAUAACUCUGGGCCUGGGGAUACGCUGCAGAACUAUGAAGUCCAUCUCAGAAACCGACAACAUCGCUUACGGGUGAACUCCCGCCUGACGCAGGCGCCAGCAUCAUAACGGACGAUUUGCAUUGUAUUGGCUGGCUUGCGCUAUUUUAGUAUUUUUCUUUGUGCCAUUUGUUGUGUGCUCAUCUGCUAUCUGUAUAACGUAUAUACCUUUGCUUGUAAUCGCUAUUGGAUUACGUAACCCUGGUCGUCUGCUGGAGAAC